GCAUACGUUUGUAAUUAAUCCCGAUGAUACAAAUAGGCAGCACGUUUGCAUAUUUAACCUACUGAAGAAGGCUUCAAGUCCCAAUAAAGUCCCCAGCUAUGACUGACAAAUGCCCUAAUUCAUAAGCGACAGCACGCACAUACGCGCACACACCCUCAUACAAAAGGCGCGGCAGCAACAGGUGCAUCACAUUAACCCCAACCAUAACAGCAGCAACACAGCGGGUGCAGCAGAGGGUCCAGCCGCAGUAGGACAGAACUCAGGUAAGGGGCCCCUGUCCUUUAGGGAAGACUGUGAAGAAGAUGGCCAAUUUCAAGGGCCAUGCGCUGCCCGGUAGCCUCUUCCUGCUGUUCGGCCUGUGGUGGUCUCUCAAGACUCCAUGGAGACAGUGCUACCUCCAGGCCCAGGGCUCCAGGAAGAAGAAACUGCCGCCCGUCUUCAGGAAGAUGGAGCUGGUCGAGGGAUCACUGAAGGUCUUCUUUGCCUUUGUUGGCAUCAUGGCGGAGCAGUUUGUGCCGGACGGCCCGCACGCCCAUCUGUACCAGGGCGGCUGGGUGAAGCUGAUGAACUGGCAGCACAGCACCAUGUACCUGUUCUACGGCAUCUCCGGUGUGGCCGACCUCCUGUGUGCCACCUUGCCCCGUGCGCCGCCUGGCCUGGACCGCAUGGCCCUCUCGCUCGCUCUGUUUGUCGAAGGGUUUCUGUUCUACUACCAUCUGCAUGGUCGUCCCAUGCUGGACACUCAUGUGCACUCUCUGCUGCUGGUGGCUGUGUUUGGGGGUGCCGCUAGCACUGCCAUGGAGGCCUUCCGCCGGGAUAACCCCAUACUGGAGGUCCUCAGGUCCAGCCUGGCCAUACUACAGGGAUCCUGGUUCUACCAGAUCGGUUUUGUUCUGUUCCCCCUGAGCGGACCUGAGUGGAACCAGGAAGACCAUGGCAACAUGAUGUUCACCACCAUGUGCUUCUGCUGGCACUAUGCGGUGGCCCUGCUCAUCACCGGCAUCAACUACGCUGUCGUCUGGAGACUUGUGAGCCGAUGCGCCAGCAAACCGAUGUCCAACCUGGAGUUGGGACUACGGAAAAGUGGAACAGAGGACUCAAGCUCCCAUAAGGCUCUGCUUCAAGAAUCAGAUGAGGAAUAGAAAGUCAAGGAAAAAUGUGGGAAAGGGGUUUUUCAAGUUGACGCUAUAAUAUGACAUCAUCGCAUAGCCUAAACCGAGCACAAAUACUUGAGCUGCCAUUUGACUAUAAUACAAUAAAAUAUCUGAGUAAUUCUGAAGACUUACUGAUUCACAUUUGAUUAUCUAAUGGCAAAGUGCUGUAACUAUUUAAAAAUACAAACUGAGAAAAAUGAAUUUGAAGUUGUCAUGCUGUCUAGUCAAACAUUAUUGUAUGUUUUCAUGAAUUACUUUCUUCGAGGGAAGAAGCAACACGUUCUUAUGAAGGUCUUAUGAAUUCAAAAUCCGAUUAUUUAAUUGUGAGAAACAUCACAGAAUUAACACAACUAAUCUACUGCUGUGGCUGUAAAAUAAUCUUCUGUAUUCUUUUUAUGAACUGCAGCAUUGUGUGAAGUGAAGUAGGCCUGUACAUUUGCACACCAUCCAUGCACUGGUUUCUGUCUGUCUUUAUUAAGGCAAAAUAUGUACAUACUUGUAAUGUCAUU